AGGCCUUGGGAAAACAACUGGGAAGAAGUUAUGUUAUAAAGGUUCUACAUUCCACCGUGUGGUUAAAAACUUUAUGAUUCAGGGUGGGGACUUCAGUGAAGGUAAUGGAAAAGGUGGAGAAUCAAUUUAUGGUGGAUACUUUAAAGGUAAGGCCUGGUAUUUUGUGUUUUUUGUUUCAGUUCUGAUGUAAAGCAAGUUUGGUCGCAUACUUUAAUGAGAAGAGGUUUACUUGUAGUUCACGUUUUGCAUGAAACUAAUGCUGCAUGAAAAUACUUUAUUUGCAUGAAUUUGGGGAUAAAUUAUUGUAAUAUAUAACUUUUAAUUGACAAGAUUAAUUAAGGCUAACUUUAAGGUUAAACAUGACUUUCAGCAUGGAGGUUAGGCAACUUUAUACAUGAAAACUCCUAUCUUCCUGCCUAAAACUGUCAACAUAUUCUUUUGUUUAUAGAGAAUGUGGUCUUUUGCAAAAUGAAAAGGUAAGAGAACGAAGCUCAGUAACACAAACUCCACUCUGCUCCCUUGUGCCCUCCUAAUAAAUCCAUGGACAGUCCGGUCAGGUUGUGGCUGGAUUUCUGUAUUGUUUGAAGACUUGGAAAAAUCUGUGGUUUCAUAUGUGCAUCUGUGCCUUUGUUCCUUUACAAUUGGUUAUUAGUUCUACAUCAGGGAAAAAAGAAGCUAGUUGUGGUUUUUCCACACUUAAACCAAGCAAUUUCUUUGAAUAAAAGUUGGUAUUUUUUCCUUUCUCAAAGGUUUGUAUGUUUUCUUUUGUGUACUAGAACUUUAUGGUUGUAUUUUACUGCUAUAGUAGUAACAUUUCAUAAGUCUAACUAUUGCACUUCCCCAAAAAGCCUUAGAAAAGUCAGUUGCAGGGAUUUACAGUGGGCUCCAGCAUUGCUGGGCGUUAGUGAUAUCAAAGCUUCAGUGUGUAAUGGUCUUUUGUAUUUCCUUUGGGGGAAAUGGAUCACUUCUCUUUUUCAGAAGCCUGUCCCCAAGAUGAAAACUUUAUUCUCAAACAUGACAGAGCGUUCCUUUUGUCAAUGGCAAAUCGAGGGAAACAUACCAAUGGUUCCCAGUUUUUCAUAACUACAAAGCCUGCUCCACACCUGGAUGGGGUUCAUGUUGUGUUUGGACUGGUUAUUUCCGGUUUUGAAGUAAUUGAACAGAUUGAAAAUCUGAAAACGGAUGCUGCAAGCAGACCUUAUGCAGACGUCCGAGUUAUUGACUGUGGGGUGCUUGCCACAAAGUUGACAAAAGAUGUUUUUGAGAAAAAAAGGAAGAAGCCAACGCAUUCAGAAGACUCGGAUUCUUCUUCCAGUUCCUCUUCCUCUUCAGAAUCAUCCUCAGAAAGUGAAGUUGAGCAAGAGAGAAUCAGGAGGAGGAGACACAAGAGGAGGCCCAAAGUCAGACACACUAAAAAGAGACGGAAGGAAAUGAGCUGUUCAGAGGAGCCCAGGAGGAAACGCACAGUGAGCCCUGAAGGUUAUUCUGAGAGGAGUGAUGUGAAUGAGAAAAGAUCAAGUGAUUCAAAUGCUAAAAGAGAAAAGCCAGUUGUCCGUCCGGAAGAGAUUCCUCCAGUUCCUGAGAACCGAUUUCUACUUAGAAGAGAUAUGCCUGCUGUCACAGUGGAGCCUGAACCGAACAUUCCAGAUGUCGCACCUGUUCCGAGUGAUCAGAAACCAUCUGUGUCAAAAUCUGGACGGAAAAUUAGAGGAAGAGGCACAAUUCGCUAUCACACACCUCCACGGUCAAGAUCUCAUUCUGAGUCUGAGGAUGAUGACAGCAGUGAGACUCCUCCUCACUGGAAGGAGGAGAUGCAGAGACUGAGAGCUUACAGGCCACCAAGCGGAGAAAAGUGGAGCAAAGGAGACAAGCUAAGUGAUCCCUGUUCAAGCCGAUGGGAUGAGAGAAGCUUGUCCCAGAGAUCCAGAUCAUGGUCCUAUAAUGGAUACUAUUCAGAUCUUAGUACAGCAAGACACUCUGACGGUCACCACAAGAAACGCAGAAAGGAAAAGAAGUUUAAGCAUAAAAAAAAAGCUAAAAAGCAGAAGCAUUGCAGAAGACACAGACAGACAAAGAAGAAAAGAUUAGUAAUGCCACCUGACUUGGAACCCUCAAGAUCUGCCACCCACCGAAUGAAGUCCUCUUGUGACAGAGAAAGAAGACCCCGUGCCUCCUCCUCCUCCUCUCGCCACUCCUCCAAGCAGGCCUGGUCUAGAUCAGACAAGGAAGACCGGAGCUCCUCAACCCACUCCAGCAGAGACUCCUACAGAUCCAAGUCUCAUUCACCAUCGGAUUCUAGAGGGAGCUCUAGAUCAAGGGCUUUGUCAAAGUCCUCAUCGCGUUCUCACGACAGAUCCCAGUCCAGAUCUAGUUCCAGGUCAGAACCCCAGAGGGCAGCAUCAAACUCACCAAAACAGCCUGCUCCGUUGAGUGAAAAUAAGCCAGUUAAGGCAGAACCUUUAAGAUCAUCGAUGCCACAGAAUGGAAAUGUGCUGGUACAGCCAGUGGCAGCAGAAAACAUUCCUGUAAUACCGUUGAGUGACAGCCCUCCCCCUUCUAGAUGGAAGCCUGGGCAGAAGCCCUGGAAGCCCUCCUAUGAGCGAAUUCAGGAGAUGAAGGCUAAAACAACUCACUUGCUGCCUGUCCAAAGUACAUACAGUUUAACAAAUAUUAAAGAAACUGGGAGUUCAUCAUCCUAUCACAAAAGAGAAAAAAAUUCAGAAAGCGAUGGGAGCGCUUAUUCAAAGUACAGUGACAGAAGUUCUGGGAGCUCAGUAAGGUCAGGGGGCAAGUCUUCUAGGAGCCGGUCAUCCUCUAGGUCAUACACAAGGUCAAGGUCACGGAGUCCACAUACUUCACGAUCACGAUCUAGGUCUCCAUCAUCUAGGUCUCACUCACGAACGAAGUAUAGUGAUGGUUCCCACCGCAGCAGGUCGUCUUCAUACACUUCUGUCAGCAGUGAUAGGGGAAGUCGAGCCACAAGGAGGAUGUUUAGAUCCCAUGGGGGAAAAAGUAUCACUUCAAAUAAAAGACACCACGGCAGCUCAAAGAAGAUACUUCACAGUAAAUAUGUCAAAGGCAGAGAGAAGUCUUCAUGUCACAGAAAGUAUAGUGAAAGUAGAUCAUCUGUGGAUUAUUCUUCGGACAGUGAACAGUCAUGUGUUGAGUUAGUGCACUCGGCCCUAGAGAAGGAGAAGCAGGGGAAAACAGAAGUAUUGAAUGAUAAGCAGGGGAAAAGCAAAGAAGAAGGAAAGGGCAAGCCAGAAUGGGAAAAGAGGCCUUUGAAAGAGAGUCUGUCUGAUCACUCUAGAGAUGGCAGUAGGUCCAAAGGGAAGAACUGUACUGGGAGCAAAUGGGACUCUGAAUCAAACUCUGAACAAGAUGUAACUAAGAGCAGGAAAAGUGAUCCCCAGAGAUGUUCUGAUAAGGAGGAGGGCGAAGCCUCUUCCGACUCUGAGUCAGAAGUUGGCCAGAGUCACAUCAAAGCUAAACCCCCAGCAAAGUCUUCAACAAACACUUCUCUGCCUGACAGUAAUGGUGCCUGGAAGUCUAGGAGACCACAGUCUUCAGCUUCUGAGUCAGAGGGCUCCUGCUCCAACUUGGGAAACGUUAGAGCGGAGCCCCAGAAACAGAAAUGCCCAAAGGAUAGUCUUAAAGGGGAUCACACAAAAAAAGUGAGAGAGAAAUUGAAAGCCAAAAAAGACAAAAAACACAAGGCUCCAAAGCGGAAGCAAGCCUUUCACUGGCAGCCUCCACUGGAGUUUGGUGACGAGGAGGAGGAGGAGAUGAAUGGAAAGCAAGUUACGCAGGAGCCAGAAGGAAAAAAGCACAUCUCUGAGAAGUGUGAAACUGUAAAAGACAGUAUUCCAAAAAUAGAGAAACCCUGUGAUGAAGGCAGCGGUCCCAGUAACCCUAAGAAGGGUACUUCAGAGCACAACCCACUUGCGGAGGGGGAUCGCCAUCCCAGCUCUUGCCCUGCACCUCUGACAGUGGAGGAGAAUACCACCAGCUCUCCUCCUGGCGCCCAGCACAUUGAAGAGCGUGUCCCAGCUGGAGGGGAGGACGUGCUUCAGACAGAUGACAACAUGGAGAUUUGUACCCCUGAUAGGAGUUCCCCUGCAAAAGGAGAGGGGGUGUCCCCAUUAGCAAACCGCAAGCUGGACAGCCCAGAGGGGAGCAUUAUUCCAGAGCAGGUUGAGCACAUAGCACAGCCCAGAGCAGGAGGGAAACAAGAAAACAUUGUGUCUGAGAGUAAAACCUCAAGUGAAGGUGGGAAACAGGACAGCUCUGCCAGUUUGGCCAGUCCUGUAGAAAUUUCUGGAAAGAAGGAGGGGCCUGAGAAAAGCCAGAUGAACCUCACAGAUAAGUGGAAGCCAUUGCAAGGUGUAGGAAAUCUGAUGUCUACUGCAGCCACGUCCAGUGCUCUGGAUGUGAAGCCAUUGGCUCCUGUUACUGAAGUGAAACCACAAGGCUUGAGAAUAGAAAUCAAAAGCAAAAAUAAAGUUCGGCCCGGGUCUCUCUUUGAUGAAGUAAGAAAGACGGCACGCUUAAACCGGAGGCCACGGAAUCAAGAGAGUUCCAGUGAUGAGCAGACACCUAGUCGGGAUGGUAAUAGCCAGUCCAGGAGUCCACACAGAUCUCGAAGUAAAUCUGAAACCAAAUCUCGACACAGAACAAGGUCUGUCUCCUAUAGUCACUCAAGAAGUCGAUCCAGGAGUUCCACAUCAUCUUACCGAUCAAGGAGCUACUCCAGAAGCCGGAGCAGAGGCUGGUACAGCAGAGGCCGGACCCGCAGCCGGAGCAGUUCCUAUGGAAGUUUCCGUAGCCAUAGGACAUCCAGCAGGAGCAGGUCCAGGAGCAGCUCCUAUGACCCCCACAGUCGCUCCAGUAGAUCCUACACUUAUGAUAGCUACUACAGCCGGAGUCGCAGCCACAGCCGCAGCCAGAGGAGUGACAGUUAUCAUCGAGGGAGAAGUUACAACAGGCGGUCCAGGAGCGGUAGAUCCUAUGGCUCGGACAGUGAAAGUGACAGAAGUUACUCUCGUCACCGGAGCCCCAGCGAGAGCAGCAGAUACAGCUGAGGCCUCCUUGUACAGAGACUGUAUCUUACUGUAAAUACCUGGUAACUUAAAGCUGGAGAAACUGGAUGGCCGUCUGUUGUGUGUCAGUAUUAGAGCUCAAGUCCAACAGUGGAUAUUUCUUGUCACUUAUUUACAUGUGUGCAGAAAAAUUUAAAAGUACAGAUGUCAACUACAGAUAUUUUUAUGCCCCAUUUUACAGUAGACAACUAUGGAAUUUUCAUUUUCUUGAAUCAAGAACUGGUGGAAUUGAUGUAGGUAUCAUUUGCAGUGUCAUUUUAGAUGGAGUGUUUUUGUAGCUCACACAGUCCAUAGAAUUCAGGUCAGUGCUUUCAGGUUUUAGCAUCCAUGCUGCCAAACAGAAUUGUGGAGAGCUGUCACAGCUACACGUUCCUAUGUCCCCAUGCUGGUUAUAGUCUUGUUUGUGUGUGCUGUCAAAUCAGGCCAUCCACAUCGUAUUGACUGUGGCCAGUCGUGCAGGGUGGUGGCUCAAGCUACCAUGUCUGCCUUUCCACAGAGAUUGCCAGAAGCUCAGCUGUAAUCGUGUUGCUGUUGCAGCUCCCACCUCGGUGCUUGGUGCCUUUGGUUCCUCCUGUCCCUUACUUCAUAUACUACAUGUCCUGAUGCCAGAAGAUAGAAUCAUGACUUUUUUUUUUUAAUUCACUGGCACCAAAAAUUACUUCUGAGCUGGGCUCACUGUGAGUGUAGGGCUUCCCAACAGUUAUGUGGUGGCGGUCUCUUGGACAGAGCCUGCAUGGUUGGCCAUCUUGUUUUGGACCCGUGUGCUAGAAGAGCCAACUGGAGAGUGGAUUUGAGGAGCAACUCUACAGUCUUUAGUUAGCACACCCAGAGACUUUAGCAACAACCAGCCUCUCCCUAUUGUGUUGAGACCCCCACUGACUCUGUGAAGCCCUGCCUGACCAGAGGAAACCCAGGACGAGAUUUGGGGGCAGAAGGAUCACAAGCUGCUGCACAGAGAGAUGUUCCUGUGGCUUUGUGUGGUUCCUCCAAAAAUAAUUUAACCUGUAAAAACUAGUUUGUUUGUUUUACUCUUUAGUUUGCAUUCUUUCCCCAAGUGUACUUAAUCACCUUAGUGCCGGUUUAAUCCUGUUCACAGAAAGAAUUCCUGUGUAUGUUGUCCAUGAAGUCUAUACCAUCCAAUCCCAGGCCUUGCUGGUGAAUUUGGGAAGAAGAUUCCUGGCCUGAUGGAGGGAGGCACUGAAUUAUGAAAAUGGUCUUCCAGGGCAUGUGGCUCAGUGUACUAGCAUGUGCUUGGCAUGUAAUGAUGCUCUGGGUUCAGUGACCAGCACUCCAAAAAUAAAUCAUGCUGUCACUCUUAGGAGGUGGCCAGCCGUUGUUCAACAUGCCAGUAAAUGUAAGUUCAUCAGAAGACAGAAUAACAUCAGCAGUCAGUGCUUGGCUAGUGGAAGUUAAACAUGCGGUUUAUAGUGGGAUUUUUUUUCUAAAAGUUUCCUACAAAAAAGGAUGUUUGAAUGUACUAGUUGGUGAGAAGAAUGCAUUCAGAACCCAAACAAACUGCCAAAUGGAGUUAGUAAGAAAGGGUCACUGUUGAGCAAUGUCGUAUUGUUUUGUAGCUGUGUAACAAACUAUCACAAGUCCCGCAGCCUAGACCAGUGCCCAUGCACCAUUGAUUCUCAACUGUACAGCCAUGGCUAGGCGUGGUGGGGCUGACUUCACUGCUCAGGGUCUCAGGACUGUGGCUGGGGGCUGGAGGGCGCAUCCCUCAUGAAGACUCUGAAAAGGACUUUAUUGUGGGCUCCUUUGAGGCUGCCCACAUCCCUGCCCCAGGCCUUGCUGUCUUCAGCCAGCAGGGAUCCUUUAUCUUUCUUCAAAACUUCUGCCUUCCUCCUGUGUAAAGGGUCCAUAUGACUAGAUCAAACCAGAUCAGAGAUCAGUCUCCAUCUGCAGUCCAGUGGUCAAAGGAGUUGUGGGCAUUGGCAGGUUCUGGGGGUUGGCAUGGGAAGAGGCAGGGCAUGCCACCUACUGCCACCACGGGCUUAACCUAUCCAGGCAGCUCUCAUCUUCAGCAGUGUGGACCUGGCUGUUUACACUCAAGUGAACUACAAAAAUGGCUUUUCUUCCUAACCAGGAUCAUUCUGUAUUUUGAAGUUAUUUUUUUAAUAAAAUUGAAUUACGUUGUGUAAUGCGCUUAAUAGAAAAUGCUUUAUUGAACAGUUUUGUAACAUCCUGUUUACUGCAAAUGGAAUAGUUGAUAUUGUCAAAAAUGUAGAAAAGACUUUUGUACAAACUAGCAGUGUCUAAUUUGUAUAUACAUCGAUUUAAUUUCCCUACAACUCGAAAAGGAUCUUGUAGAAAUGAAAAUGCAUGCUAACUUUGA